AGAGACUCACUCAAGUCAUUUGACAUCAGCAGACUUGCUUGGUUAGUGGACACGGUCUGGACAUGGCGGAAUUCGCUUCUUGGUGGAAGCUUCUCAUUUUAUUUUGCCUGUUGCCGGACAUGAGUCAGCAGGCGGCUCUGGCCGAGGCGGACUACUAUACGGCCGGCGUGGUGGAAUUUCGCCAGGCGAUCAGUCUCUCGCCCACCGCAGACAACGCCGCCGCCUAUGCGAAGAUCAUUAAUUCGGAGAACGCCACUGCCACGGACAUCAUAGUCUUCCCGGAGAGCACUCUCAACGGCGAGAGCACUUCCACAUUUGUCCCACAUCCCGACGAGCAGGUUAAUCCCUGUCUGAGCGAUCCCAAUGCCACUUACUUUGAGGAGUUCCUGGUCACCAUUUCGUGUGCCGCCCGGAACGCCAGCAAGUACGUGGUCAUCAAUCUCACGGAGAAGCAGAAGUGCGAGGAUGUUCCGGAGGACACCAGGCCCUGUGCCUCCAAUGGCCUCAAUGUCUACAACACUAACGCGGUCUUCGAUCGCCAGGGAGUGGUUGUGUCUCGUUACCGCAAGGUCCACCUGUACGGUGAGCCCAAGAACAGUACCUACCAGCCGGAGCUGAUCACCUUCGAGACGGACUUUGGGGUAACCUUCGGUCACUUCAUCUGCUUCGACAUCCUCUUCUACACGCCGGCCCACCAACUGGCCGCCGAGCAGGGUAUCACGGACUUCGUCUUCCCGGCCAUGUGGUUCUCCCAGCUGCCCUUCCUGACGGCCGUCCAGAUCCAGCAGGGCUGGGCUUACAGCAACAACGUUAACCUCCUGGCGGCCGGAGCUAGUCGUCCUUCCAUCGGAAACAGUGGCUCCGGCAUCUACCACGGACGCAAUGGCACUCUGACCAGUGUGAUGAGGCAGGACUCCGGCGAGCGGACUAUCUAUGUGGCUCAGGUGCCCAAGUUUGCGAAGAGCAGGUCCCUCCAGAAGCGGAUGAAGAGGGAUCUGGGGGGGAGCACAUCCCGGCAGGUGGCCACCACUUCCAGCUAUUUCAUGAAGCGCGACUACCUGGAGAACUAUGAGACGGAGGUCCUGGAGCUUGGCAGCGGGAAGCCCGGAAACCUCAGCAGGACUCUCUGCCAGGGCAGCUUCUGUUGUCACUUCAACAUCUCGUGGCGGUUCCUGGAAGGGACUGGAGAUAGCUCCAGCUACUACAGCUACCGACUUGGCACUUACGACGGCUGGCGGAACGAGCAGCGGGUGGACGCCAAUUACAUCAGGAACUGUGGACUGUUCACCUGCUCGGGUCCUACGAUAGACGACUGUGGCCAGUUGCUGCCCAUCUCCGGGGAGUUGCAAGAGCCACAGGUGGCCUUCACCCGCCUGGAGAUCGGAGUCACCUACCCGGAGUCUCGGGAGUUCCUGUUGAUUCCUCAGUCGCUUCUGGACAACCUGAUGCCCCUAGAGCCCAGCCAGUUCGAGUGGUCCCAGGAGAAGGCCUCAGAGGAGAGCUACCAGCACGAGGUGAGAUUCGCCCUGAAGGACUCCCAGGAGGUGAGCAACCUGCUCACCUUUGCGGUUUAUGGAAAUUACUACGACAACGAGUGCACUUAUGGAGUAGGCAACGAGGAGGAGCAAGUGUCCUGCGGCUACAGGAGUAGUGCCACUCGAAGCGAGGUCCUUGGGAGUGGACUUAUCAUAUCCGUGGCUAUCCUGGCCCUGACUUGGUCGAGGAACUAACCCACAUCCCUCAGCACAAGAAUUGUUUUUAUAAAAUGAGUUCUGAAGUUAUUUUUGAGGCACUACGAGUAUUUAAUUAUUCUUCAUGUAUUUAACGCCCAUCAUAUAAUUUUUUUUGUAAAUAUACUAACUAAUUAAGAUUGAA